AUGGGAUUGCAGGUCCUUUAUCCCUGCAAUGGAGCAGGGCAGGCUGAAGUGGUGAAGGUGGAACAAAGACACGCCUGCAUGCUGACGCCUAGCAGCGUUGUCGCCGUACACGGCCUUAAUGGAGACCCGAAAAACACCUGGACGAAUGAUAAGACGCAUGCGUUUUGGCUGAAGGACUUCCUACCGCGCGACGUGCCGAACGCGCGGGUGAUGACUUUUGGAUACAAUGCUGACGCAGCGUUUAGCAAUUCAACAUCGGACAUCAUAGAUCAUGCCAAGAGCUUGCUCAGCAGUUUGGUUGAUGAGCGUGAGGAAAAGGAUGAAAUGCUAAGACCCAUUGUAUUUGUGGGUCAUUCGCUGGGUGGAAUCGUGAUAAAACAGGCGCUGUUUCAAGCACGAAUCGAGCAGAGGUACAGCAGCAUCAGCAAGUCUACCAUUGGGAUAAUAUUUCUCGGCACUCCUCAUCGGGGGAGUGAGAAAGCGGCAUACGGAAAGCUUCUGGCUACUCUUGCAGCUACAGUUAUGAAUCGACCUCCACCCCGUCUCCUCAACGCAUUGCAAACGAACAGCAGUGAAUUAAUGCGACUCACCACGGAUUUUCGCUUCCAACUCCCAAGGUAUGAGGUCUUUAGUUUCUAUGAGACUAAGCCUGUAGGGAAGUUGUCAACCUUGGUUGUAGAAAAACAUUCGGCGCUGUUGGAAAUCGACGGAGAAGAGCAGAUACCAGUGAACUUAAACCACUUGGAUAUGUGUAAAUUCACAGACCGCGAUGACGAGGUGUAUAAGAAACUGUUUAAGAGGAUACGGAGGCUGAUUAAGGAAGAAAACACUAGCCUCCCUGAUAGUUCCCAUGCUGACAGGAUCAUGUCUUCAAACAGACACUACUGUGUACCAUAUGACCCAACUGGAAUAUACACAGGGCGUGAUAAUGUUCUUGAUGACCUUCAUGACAGUUGCUUGCCUCCAACUACAGCAAACGGGUCGACAAUGCAGAAGCGUUUCAUUUUAUAUGGGCUUGGAGGAUCAGGCAAGACUCAAACUUGCCUGAAGUUCGCUCAAGAAUAUCGAGAGAGGUUCUGGGGAAUCUUUUGGAUUGAUGCAAGCAGCCGGGACACAGCUCAUCAAGGGUUACUAGAAGUUGCCCGAAUAUUGGGACUUGGUGAGGAUACCGGGGCGGUAAAGCAAUGGCUCUCGAAUAGCUUGCAGCCUUGGCUUCUUAUUCUGGACAAUGCCGAUGAUCCAUCUAUGGAUGUGUCUGAAUUUUUCCCGGCCGGCAACAGAGGCACCAUACUGGUCACUACACGCAAUCCUGAGUGCAAAAUCCACGCAACGGUAGGCUCCUGCGAGUAUGGCGGAAUGGAUGUAGAGGAGGCCAUUACACUCCUCUUGAGGGCAGCUGGAGUGGAAGAUACUGAUGAUAGAGCCUCGCGGGAAGCAGCAGCGCCUGUGGCGAAGAUUCUGGGGUGGCUUGCGCUCGCAAUCGUCCAAGCCUGCGCAUACGUGCGAAAGGGUCUCUGCCGCAUUGACGAGUACUGCGACAUCUAUUCUCGCCAUCGAGAAAAGUUGCUAAGUUAUCGCUCAGUCCAAGGACAGUCUGAAUACCAACACACAGUUUACACAACGUGGGAGAUCUCCAUUGAAGCGAUCAAGAAGCAGCCAGAGAAAUGCUCCAGUCAUGCCAUUGAGCUAAUAGGAAUAUUCUCCUUUUUGCAUUACGAGGGGAUCCGCGAAGAUAUCUUUGAACUGGCGCAUAAAAAUAUUCACAAUGGAAUAGUGGAGUCUAACAACAUAACCGACCUACAUUGCACAGGCUCACCGAAAGACCAACCGCAAUGGGAUCCCAUGGUGUUUCGAGAAGCAGCGUCUCUCCUAGCAUCCUUUUCGCUCAUAAAGAUUGAAGAAAUGGGGCGUCGUAUAUCAAUGCAUCCGCUGGUACAUGUGUGGGCUAGAGACUGCCUCUCGGAUUCAAUGCAGAGGCAGUACUGGACUGCGGCAAGUUCAAUUGUAGCUGCUGCCAUAACUGAUGGAUAUCAGGUGUCAGACUAUCAGUUCCGACGGUCGUUGGUACCUCACAUUGACUCAUGCGUCUCUUUAUGCAAGGACAGGCCGUUUAUAAGUGCAUUCUCUGGGCCGGGUCGGAUUUACAUGGGGAUAAGGUUUGCAAAAGUAUUCGAAGAGAAUGGUCGUCUCCUGAGCGCGUUCGAACUACGGGAGAAGAUAUUUGAAGCAAGCCAAAGAACGCUUGGCCACGAGCACCCUGACACUCUUACGGCGAUGGCCAACCUUGCAAUCAUCUAUAAAGACCUGGGACGCAGGAAAGAAGCCAUGGAGCUGGAAGAGAAGGUGUUUGAGGCAAGGCAGAGAACGCUUGGCCACGAGCACCCUGACACUCUUGACGCGAUGACCAACCUUGCAAUUAGCUAUGGAGGCCUGGGACGCAGGCAAGAAGCCAUGGAGCUGGAAGAGAAGGUGUUUGAGGCGAGGCAGAGAACGCUUGGCCACGAGCACCCUGACACUCGUGACGCGUUGACCAACCUUGCAAUUCUUAAAGGCAGAUCAGGAUUUGCCUACCGUUGA